AAGUAGUUUGGAUUGACGCUGCAACGUCGGAGUCUGAACAAUUGCACUCGCUGCAUCGCCACAUAAGUUUUUCGGUUUUGUGUUUGCUGAAAAGGCGUGAAGUUUGAAAAGCGAAGAUGUCAAGUGAAUUAGAUGAAAGAGUCUUGGAUGAAUUGGAAGCCUUGCAGGCUAUACUGAUGGACGAGGUAACAGUGAAAACUAAUGAAAGUGGCAUGCCAGUAUCUGUUGAAACUGUUUUACUUCCUGCCACUGCUGAUGACACUCUUCAGCAGUAUGUCAGGAUAACACUAGUCGUGGAACUACCACCAGGAUAUCCAGAUACUGAACCAGUAGUGCAUCUGCGAAACCCAAGAGGUUUGGAUGACUCUGUGCUAAUGAAGAUUGAGGAAGAGACUAAAAAGAAAUGUGAAGAUUAUCGUGGACAACCUGUCAUUUAUGAGCUUAUUGAGCUAGUGAAGGAACAUCUGACAGCAAGCAAUCUUCCAUCUUGCCAGUGUGUUAUAUGCUUGUAUGGAUUUCGCGAGGGUGACCACUUUACAAAGACACAAUGCUUCCACUAUUUUCAUUCACAUUGCCUGGCAUGUCUUGUGACAACUACCGAGAAAAAUUUUCAUGAAGAACAAGAGAAAUUACCAGCCUGGCAGAAGCAACAAAGCGGUACCUUUCAGGUGUUGUGCCCAGUGUGCCGAGAACCAAUCACAUAUGACAUGGACCUGCUUUCUUCUGCCCCACCUCCUAUGGAUGUAGAAAAUGCGAGGCAAUUUGAAUUGAGUGAUGAUCUUCGUAGCCUACAGCAGCAGAUGGCAUCACUAUUUAGUUAUCAGAAACAGCGAGGUGGAAUUAUUGAUCCAGAAGCUGAAGAAUCAAAACUUGUUUUGGUGACAGAAACACCGGAGAGUGAGGACACUGCUGGAUCCAGUAUACCACAACAACCACUCCCACGGUUAGCUCCUGUUGUGCCACCAGGGAGUAGGGAUUGGAGGAGGGGCCAGGGUAUGAGGAGCAGGGCUGCCUUUAGGGGACGCAGAGGCUCUUCACGUGGUAAACCACCUCAACAGGCUGCUACAUCUAGAUGACGUUGGCUGAUUAAAGGCAGCAGCAUAAAUAAAAUAAAUGGAAAGAGAAAAAGAGCACAUGGACAGCUUUAAAUGAUCACUUUUUCACACAGGAGUUCAGGAGAUAUAAGUUCCUUGUUGUUCUGUAUGUGUUUCUCCUGUAUUACAAUGCUGAGAUUAUUUAUAUGAGCUUAUUUUACACUGAUUUGUACAUAGAUGUAUUUAUGUUUCUUGUUUGUAUAGAAAAUUUGCAAUGUAGAACCCAAACUUCAAAUUUUUGUUCUUUGAACAUGAGGCAGCUAAAUUAUUAUUAUAAUUAUAAAUAAUACUCUUUGUAUGAUAUUAAACAUAUGUGUUUACUUUGUGAAAUAAAUUGUGAAUUGCUAAUGUGUUAUAACAAAGUUGGUCAGUGUGCAUUUAAGUAAGUCUGCAUGCUUUUGUGACCAUUGUUAUAGAAGAUUUUACCUUCAGUGUGUGUCUGUUCUUUCUUCUUCUGGGUCUCAUAACCAGUUCCUCAAAGAGAUACAAGGCAAAAUCAUGGAAUUUGACUGUAUGUUAUAUGGCCUGCUCUUCAGGUUUCCUUAGUUUGUUAUUUAGAAGCAUGUAAUUAUUUCUGUGAAUCAUGUGUGGACCUAAGAGAGGUCUCUAGAGAUUACUAUAGGCGGAGCACAUUGAUACCAAGAAAUCAUGCAUUUGGUGUGUUGAGGAUUACAUUUCAUUUUUCAUUUUAUUUUCCAGCAAUUCAAAAUUUUGCACCUGUAUUUUGUUGAAGUUGGUCUACUGUAAAUUAA